AUGUCUAUUUACGGGGGCUUUGGAACUCGCUAGCAGGAAACUACCUACAACAAGGCAGUCUACAAUUUACUCUACUUGAUGCAGUUGAAGAUAUCGAGAAAUAACAAGUCUUUGCCAUUCGAUGAACACCGAUUUUAAUCCUUAUUCUCUAAACUUUAUAACAGAUUGUUUGUUAUGGAGGAGUUUAAGUACCUUCCUCCUAAGUAUUCGUAUUCUAUGAAGGAUUUAGCUACAGAUUUCGGUGUGUAUGAACGAGCUGAUGUUUCCUCAGUCAUAUCAGGCUCGACUAACAUGAGCAUGACGACCGCAUCAGGAUUCAAUGUUAACUUCAACAAUGAGAGUGCCAACAUGUCAAGUUUGUUCAAAGAAAAGGAUUUUACUUCCUUCCCACUUAGCCCUAUUAAGGAAUAAAGAGGACCUUCAUUAGGUUCACUUAAGAAUGGCAACACUUCUCUUAAGAAGUAUGCUAGUAUUUCUUCAAGUGGCCAAAAGAGUCUCAGUAACGGGCCUUAACAAAGAUUCAGAAAUCCAGUCUACAAUGAGAUGGGUCUAUCAAAGUAAAGCAAACGAUCAAAGAAGGCUUCACCUCUUAGAGAAAGAAGCUAUGAUCAAGUUUAGAAUUAUACUCUACCGAACCCUAAUUAGUUGAACUCAAUUUCUUAAAUCUAGAGCUAAAUAAAACCAAAUCUCUCUACUCAGCUCGUUAAGAGUGGAGGACUCCCUCUAAAUAAAAAUGGGUAUAUUAAUGAUAAGUCUGGGUACAUUAAUGAUGGGACUCUGAGUGAUUCAUCUAAGAGAAAGUCUGGUUCACUUGCAACCACAAUCAACAAUAACAACAUAGGAACGAAUUUGAAUCAAGUGCAGGAAGAGUCAGUGGAGGAUCCUGAUGAUAAUGAGGCAAUGAACGAAGAUGAUUCAAUACAAAAUGAUAGAUCUGUAACUCUUAACUAGAGUCAAUAUACUCCGGCAAAGAAACGAAUAGAUGAUUAAUCUUUCCAAAGAAUUCAACCUCCCACUAUCAGAUCAACAGAUAAUUCAAUUAAUUCAAGAGCAAAGUAUCUACCUUAGUAAAAAGGCACAAUGUUGUAAAAUACAGGAAGGUUUACAAUAAAGAAAUGUAAAAUAUAACAAAUGUUUAUAUUAAAUUUAGUGAGCAAUAGAAAGUUAAGAUCUCUAAGUCCAAGGGAAACAUUUGAUUAGAACUAGCAGUACCAGCUUUAAAAUUAGAAUUUCAGUUUAGUGUAAAACUAGAUGGGAGGAAUUCCUAAUGGCAUUGGCAAUGGCAAUUACUAGCCUAACUCAAAGGUGACAAUGUUCUACCAUCAUAAUGGCAAUAAUCCGAAUUAUAACAAUCAGAGUGAUGGUGAAAGUGGCGUCAUCUCUCAGCCUGAAGACUAUGCAGCCCAGAUAAAUCCAAAUGCCUACUAUACUACUAAUGGCAGUAGAUUUGCAUCCAAUCCUUAUCAGCAAGCAGCAACUAGCAGGUAAACAGGCUAAAGCAAUAGAGGCAACGGCAUAGCUAAUCCAUAUUAAAGGAAGUUCGUGAGGAGAUAAUGA